UUACUGUACUUUUCUAUGUUUAGAUACACAAGUACUUACCAUUGUGCUACAGUUGCUUACUGCACUCAGUACUGUAACGUGCCGUACAGGCUGGCAGCUCAGGAGCAGUGGGCUGGACCGUACAGCCCGGGCGUGUGGUUGGCUGCACCGUUUAGAUUUGCGUGCACGUUCAGGUUCCCGAGCACAAACAUCAAGAUAACGUUCACCGCCCUGUCCAGCGAGAAGCGGGAGAAGCAGGAGGCGCUCGAGUCCCCGGUGAAGCCCGUCCAGGCCCACAUCUCGCCCCUGACCAUCAACAUCCCAGACACCAUGGCCCAUCUCAUCAGCCCCCUGCCCUCCCCCACGGGAACCAUCAGUGCUGCAAACUCCUGCCCAUCCAGCCCCCGGGGAGCAGGGUCGUCAGGGUACAAGGCGGGCCGCGUGGUGCCAUCUGACCUCAGUUUGAUGGCCGACAGCUCACAGCCAGAAAAUGAAAAGGACGCUUCAGGUGGAGACAGCCCGAAGGAUGACUCAAAGCCACCUUAUUCCUAUGCACAGUUAAUUGUACAAGCAAUUACGAUGGCUCCUGAUAAACAGCUCACCCUAAAUGGAAUUUAUACGCACAUCACUAAAAAUUAUCCCUACUACAGGACUGCGGACAAGGGCUGGCAGAAUUCAAUUCGCCACAAUCUCUCUCUGAAUCGUUAUUUCAUCAAAGUACCACGUUCCCAGGAAGAACCAGGCAAAGGCUCAUUCUGGAGGAUAGACCCUGCCUCUGAGAGCAAAUUAAUAGAGCAGGCUUUUAGGAAAAGACGGCCUAGGGGCGUGCCUUGCUUUAGAACCCCUGUGGGACCACUCUCGUCUAGAAGUGCCCCGGCCUCCCCUAACCACGCCGGAGUGCUGUCCGCUCACUCCAGCGGCGCCCAGACGCCCGAGAGCCUGUCGAGGGAAGGGUCACCGGCGCCCCUGGAGCCUGAGCCUGGCGCCGCGCAGCCCAAGCUCGCUGUCAUCCAGGAGGCGCGCUUCGCCCAGAGCGCACCAGGCUCACCUCUGUCCAGCCAGCCCGUUCUCAUCACUGUGCAGCGGCAGCUGCCCCCGACCAUCAAGCCCGUCACCUACACUGUUACCGCCCCUGUGACCACCUCGACCUCCCAGCAGCCCGUGGUGCAGACAGUUCACGUCGUCCACCAGAUCCCGGCAGUGUCUGUCACCAGCGUGGCCGGCCUGGCUCCAGCCAGCACAUACACCGUCGCCGGGCAGGCCGUGGUCACCCAGGCGGCUGUGCUGGCCCCUCCUAAGGCAGAGCUGCAAGAGAAUGGCGAGCACCGCGAAGUCAAAGUGAAAGUAGAACCGAUUCCUGCGAUCAGCCAUGCCACACUGGGCACUGCCAGCCGGGUCAUUCAGACGUCACAGGCUCCUCCUGUCCAGACGGUCACCAUAGUGCAGCAGGCACCUCUGGGUCAGCACCAGCUACCAAUAAAAACUGUAACGCAAAACGGGACUCACGUGGUGCCCAUCCCCAGCGCUGCCCACGGCCAGGCGAACAAUGCAGCGGCAAGUCCUCUGCACAUGCUGGCAACGCACGCAUCAGCGUCGGCAUCCCUGCCCACAAAGCGCCAAAAUGGCGACCAGUCGGAGCAGCCGGAGCUGAAGCGGGUCAGGACGGAGGGCGGCGAGAGCAUCGUCAUCGCCGUGAGCGUGGACGCGGCGCCGGCGGCCGGCCGGGAGAAGGGCAUCCAGAACUAGCGCCUGGGGAGCUUUCCCGCCUUCCUGCCAACUCUGGUGCCAAAAGGAGACACUGCCUCCCACCGACGGUCGGAGCGCGUCCUUGGGGGGUAGGGGCCCUGCGGUUGGAGGUUGCCCAGCACUGAGAACACAAAACCCAGGUGGCCUUAAAACCCUUGAAAAGACAAGUCACACCUGAAGGAACCGCUCACUGAGACGGAUGCUGCCGCGCCUCCCUGCCCGGCGCCCAGCUCUGCACUCCGCAGACCCGCCGGCCUUCCGCGAGGGGACACACAGGAGCCACGCCGCCCUCAGCUCCUCUGGGGCUGGCGCCGGCGGCCAGACGGCGUUUUGCUGUCAGGCGUGGCGCUGGGAACGCUGGGGCACUGGGGCACUGGGGCACUGGCCGCGCCUUCUGUCCUGGCAUUCCAGAUCGUUCCACUUCCGCCCGGGACGCUGGGAGCCUCAUGGGCCCUUGGGUGCGGGCUCCGCUUGGCGCAGACACAGGGAGCUCUGCUUGUUCUCGCGAGCAGAGACAGGCCCCUGCUGGGGCCACUCCUCCGUGCCCGCGGGGCCGCCGGGGGGACCCCGGGCUGCACCCCGGGCUGCACGAGUGACCUGCCGGACUCGGGCUGCACUUGACUGUUUCUGUUUCAGCUCCUUUUUGUUGUUCGUUUCUUUGUGUUGACUUUGUCCCUAGUAUAAUUUUCCACUCUAAGUAAAAGACGUCUCCUAA